AAGAUAAGAGCAGAGUUGUUAGGGAGGGACGGAGAUGGAAGACGACUCUUCUUUCUUUAUCAUCAUCCUUCUUCUAUCUAGCUUUACCUUCUCUGCGAAUUCCCAAUCAGACUCCUGCGCCGCCCAGCUAACCGUCGGCGAUCUGAUUCCCUUCAGCACCUCUUCCCUCGCCUGCGUCCCUGCCUGGACCUCCGAACGCUUCUUCCUGAGAUACGCGAAAACAGGGCCGAGCUUAUGGAGUUUUGUGCUUUCGGCGCCCGACGGAGGUGCGUACGUCGCGAUCGGCUUCUCCCCCGACGGGAGGAUGGUCGGCAGCAGCGCUGUGGUUGGGUGGAUGGCCGGCGAUGGCGGCGCGGGGAUGGCGGUGCAGUACUUUCUCGGCGGCUACAGUCCUGACCAGUGUCCGCCGGAGCAGGGGAAUCUGACGCUGGUUCGGGGGAGCCCGGUUGUCGUCUCUAGGAGCUCGCGGUUGUACCUGGCGUUCCAGCUUAACGCGUCGCGGCCGGAAGGGGUCCUGGUCUAUGCGGUCGGCCCUGAGAACGCUUUGCCGUCGGCGGCGGAUGGGUACUUGGCCACGCAUAGGAGCAUGGCUUCUGGGAGCUUGAAUGCUCCCGCGGCUGACCGCGGCAGUGAGUAUGGUAGCAGAGGAGAAGCUCCGAGUGGAGGAAGUGGAGCAAGUGUGGGAUGCGGCAGCAGCGGUGGCCGGACCAGCGCCGGAGCCAUUGCCAUUGCCAUGCUUCUUCAUCACUUUAUCUGCUGCUAGAUUGGAUCAUGCGGUUCAUGCAUCCUUGUUUUUCAUCACAUUUUUCUUCAUUAAUUGCUUCGAAGAGAUCGUUUUUCAUCGCAUUUUUCGUCAUUAUUUUGCUCAAUGACGAACUCUUUUAUCAUUAUCUGGAAAUUCUUUAUGAAAAUUUAUAAUUAUGAGUCGG